CUGAUAACCCUAUUCAAUGAAUUAUUGAUAAAGUACUGGGGAUAUUGGAUUUUCCCCCUUUGUACAUAUAGUGUUCCAAUUCUUCCUGAUCUUGCAUCCUAGCUUUGCUUUCUGCAGCUCGAUUGUCUCCCAUUGACGCGGAGCGCAUUCAUUUUCUGUUUGCUACAUUCCUCAAGCCAGCCACCAACCAUGGCCACCAAGGUGUACAUUGUGUACUAUUCCAUGUAUGGUCACAUCGAAACACUUGCGAAAGAAAUCAAACGGGGGGCCGAGAGUGUUGAGGGUGUCGAAGUGACUUUGUAUCAAGUGCCGGAGACUUUGCCAGCAGAGGUUUUGGGAAAGAUGGGUGCGCCAGCCAAGUCCGACGUGCCUCCCAUCAGCCCAGCUCAACUCCCUGAUGCCGAUGGGUUCCUGUUCGGCUUUCCCACUCGAUUUGGUAUGAUGGCCGCCCAAUUCAAGGCGUUUCUAGAUGCUACCGGUGGAUUGUGGAGGACACAAUCACUGGCUGGAAAGCCUGCGGGGAUCUUCUUCAGCACUGGUUCUCAGGGAGGCGGCCAGGAGACCACUGCGUUGACAGCCAUCACACAGCUCACGCAUCACGGCAUGAUCUACGUCCCUAUCGGGUACACGUUCGGUGCAGGAAUGUUCGAGAUGAAUGAGGUGAAGGGCGGCUCACCAUACGGAGCAGGCACUCUUGCGGGAGACGGCACUAGACAGCCCACGAAGCUGGAACUGGAACAAGCAUUCCACCAGGGGAAGCUCACCGCCGAGAUCACCAGGAAGUUGAAGCAGUGAAGAUCUAGAAAUUGCAGCAUGCUAGAGGAGACACAUGUGAUCAUGCUUUUGAUGUUGACGACGAAGAAGCAGCAGCAGAAGAAAAAGAAACUUUGUUGGUAUCCCAGUUAUUCAAACAUUCACUUAUCUAUUUAUUUAUUACUUUUCUUCAUAAAUAUUGUUCAGAGCAGUGAAGGUUUGUGUGAAGGUAUAUCAUGGUGAGUAUUUUUCCCUGUUAAGGAUUGGAACCCAUUUGUAGGACAUGCCUGCAAUCCACAGUUUGAGCAUUGAAUUUAA